AUGGAGCGUCGUGAGGCUCCUACUAUUCCAAGGCCACCUCCGGUAGGAAAGGGAGUCUUGCCGUUCAAUGUUGUUCAUCAAGGUGAUCCAGAAGGUGUCAAUCGCAUGGAUCCUCAUCGUGAAGAAAUUUUGGUAGGCGAUUUACCUCCAAAUGUUCGUCAGGUAGAGGAUCGAGAGGGAUCUAUUCAUUUGAAAGGAUCAUGCGAGAAGAAGCACCAGCGUUUGAUUAUAGGGCUACAUCACCGUGGUAGAGUGAGUUUGCGGAGGAUAGAUCGUUUGAUCCACCCUAUCGGCCUUCAAUGGCAACGUUUGAUUAUAGGAGUUCAGAAAGGAGAUCUGCAGACCUUAGAGUUCCAUCACGGUUCAAUUGCUAGUUUCCAGGACUUGUGCGACAAGUUCAUAAGCCAGUACUAUGGGAAUAAACGCCCGGCCAAGGACAUUUCAAGUCUCUUUACAAUGAAGCAACACGAAGAUGAACGACUCCAAGCUUUCCUCACCAGGUUCAACCUUGUCAAGAGCAUGGUAAUGGAAUGUCAUCCGUCUACGGCGAUUCAAGUGUUCAAACUUGCAAUGAACCGAGGAACACCGUUCCACACAAGCCUAGUGGUAAAUACACCAAAGACCAUAGACGAGCUGAAUGAGAGAGCUGAUGAUUUUGUGCGUCUGGAAGAAGAAGAGGCAGCUAAUGCAAGGAAGACAUCAAUUAUCUCAACAAAGGAAAAGUCUAAAGCCAAAAUCCGGCAAAAACAAGCUCAACCACAUUGUCAGACCUCCUGGAAGGCCGAGAAGAGGCCCAGAGAGGAAGAGGCAAUUACUCCACUCAGAGUUACUCUGGCAAGGCUGAACCUAAGGAGGCAAGUAGAGAUGCUGAUCGCAAAAGGGGAAUUUGCAGGAUAUGUUCAAGGGCCAGCACAGGAGCAGAAUCGACCGACUGAGCAGACAGCAAAGUUAGAGGAGCUGCUCAGAACGCGACAACGCCAAGCACAAAUGAAGAGGAGGAUUGGCAGUGUGCAUGCUUUGCAUCAGCAGAACGCAUCCGCACAGAAAAUGUUUGACAGAACGAACCUGUUCCGCGUCCAGACCUCUCAUGAAGAUCCACUGGUCGUCAGAAGCAGUGCGAAUGUCAUGCCCAAAGUAACAUUUGAUCAGCUUGAGAUCAAGCCGAAAAGGCUCAAACCCACAGGAAAUCCAUUGCUGGGGUUCGCUAGGAAAUGGGUGGAGCCCAUUGGCAUGGUAGAAUUGAUUGUGCAGGCUGCUGAAAGAGUUCUGACAGAGACAUUUGUAGUCAUUGAGAUCCAUCCCUCCUACAACCUUCUGAUGGGAAGAGGGUGGAUCCACAGAGUCCAGGGUGUUCCAUCAACUCUGCAUCAAGUGAUGAGAUGUUUAGGUCCAGAUAGGAACAAAGUGAUUGACAUUCAUGGAGAUCAGGUCACGGCCAAGGAAUACUACUCUGUAACUCUGAAGUCUGCUGCAAAAGGAAAAGCACCCAUCCAUUCUACUAACCCAAGAUAA